UUUUACUCGGCGUGAUCAUUUCACGCUUCCCCCCGAAGCCCCUUUUCCACCUAAAGCGUUUAGUUGCAGCUGACUGAGCACUUGCAGGGAGUGCAAUAGGGAGCGGAAGGGUCGAAUUAUUUCAGCCUACAAGUCGCCCCAAAACUACUGUAGGACGAAAGAACAAAAGAGAGAGAGGGAGAGGGGGGGAGGAAGAGAGGGAGACAGUGCGAAAAGUUUUUGUUCUUUUCCUUUUUUCUUUUCCAUCGCCUCCCCCUGUUCUAACGGGGUAACAUGGACCAGGGGCCCAGGAGUCCUGCACUGCGUCUGGGGAGAGCAGGGCAUGGUGGCGUGAACCAGCUCGGAGGUGUGUUCGUAAACGGCAGGCCCCUCCCAGACGUCGUGCGACAGCGAAUAGUGGAGCUAGCCCACCAAGGGGUUCGGCCCUGCGACAUCUCACGCCAGCUACGAGUCAGCCACGGAUGUGUCAGCAAGAUACUGGGCAGGUACUAUGAGACGGGCAGUAUCCGCCCCGGGGUGAUCGGGGGAUCCAAACCAAAGGUUGCUACACCCAAAGUGGUCGACAAGAUCGCCGAUUACAAACGCCAAAACCCCACCAUGUUUGCCUGGGAGAUCCGGGACAGGCUCCUGGCCGAGAGAGUGUGCGACAACGACAGUGUCCCCAGCGUCAGCUCCAUCAACAGGAUCAUUCGGACUAAGGUUCAGCAGCCCGGCCAAACGGGCCCAGUGUCGGCUCACAGUUUAGGGUCGUCGGUGGGGGCCACACAGGUCUCAGGAGUGACCAGCGACUCGGCCGGCUCCUCGUACUCCAUCAGUGGAAUUCUGGGUAUCAGUUCAGCCGCUGAUGUGGGCAAGAGGAAGAGGGACGAAGGUCUGCAGGAGUCGCCGCUGGCCAACGGGCAUGGCCACAGUGGGCGGGACUUCCUCAGGAAGCAGAUGAGAGGGGAGCUGUUCUCACCGCAGCAGAUCGAGGUACUGGACCGCCUGUUUGACAGACAGCCACCCUGUCCAAUCCAAUCCAGCUAUGACCACUAUGUGAGCCCUGACUUUGGCAAGACGUCAGAUUAUUCGGCCAUGGCCUCACUAGCGGGCGGACUGGACGAGAUGAAGAACAGUUUGGCCAAUCCUGGUGCAGGUGCAGAGCUAGGAGCCAGUGUCUCCGGUCCACAGUCCUAUUCUCUUGUUCCAGGUCGAGACAUAGCCAGCACCACUCUGCCAGGCUACCCUCCACACGUUCCUCCCACUGGACAGGGCAGCUACUCCACCCCUUCCCUCUCUGGGAUGGUACCUGGUGGAGAUUUUUCUGGAAGUCCCUAUUCCCACCCUCAGUAUUCCACAUACAAUGAAUCAUGGAGAUUUCCUAACCCCAGUUUAUUAGUGUUUCAGCAGGAUUAUGGGUCUCUCCUGGGGACGGAAAUCGGCUGCUCCUCCAGUCUCUUCACCAGCCAGGCAGGACAGAUGCAAGGAUCACCGUACUACUACAGUGCAACAUCACGGGGGACAGGCCCUGCAGCCACGGCAACAGCCUCCGCCUACGACCGCCACUGACCCGCCCUAUUGAGAGGAGGAUGAGGAGAGGGAGGGAGGGAGGGACGAAUAGCACCAUCACUGCUCAGUACACGCCUGCCUACACACACAUGUUUGACGUCAGUGAAAUUUGAAUCUUCUUUGACUGACAGUUGCACCAACAAAAGCAUUGUUGGGCUGCAGCAGAGACAUACGGUACAUGACUGUGAUCAUCACAGGCAUAGCACUGAUCUGACUGAUAUUUGACGGAUCAAAAGAUUUUGCAAAUGCAUACAUUUGGAAUCUCCCAUAACGUAUGAAGACUUUGUAUCAUUAAUCCUAAUUUCAACCUAUAUCUAGAAAUUGACUAGUUCAAUGAACUGUGAGUGCAGUGGUAACUGAAACUGUAAAAAUCUGUGUUGUGAUCUUCUGGGUAAAAUGUUUUCAGUUUGGGUACAUUUCGAUUUUGAAUUAUUUGAGCUUUUUAGAGCAAGAUCACUUUUUCAAACAGUCUUUUAAUGACCCGACAUUAAUAAAAUACAUUUUCUAUGCCAUGCUACGGUGAAGUAAAGACAAUCCAACUCUCAUAACUUUGAAUGACCAAAAUCAACCACAUCAGUAUCACUCUGCCGUGGAUUCGAAAACAUUUCCCUCGGGAUCACAAUGCUUAAUAAUCAGGAUAUGACGAGAUUCACAAAUGUUUGCUAAGUCCCACCCCCUUUUGCUACUGUUGUAAUUCAUGAAAACACUGAGGCUAACUUUUCAUGUGACAAUGGUGGCACCGGCUGGUAAAAUUGAGUUUAGCGCAUGCGGCCAAUCAAAUGCCGCUGGCUAACUCUUCUGGUUGUGGAUUCUAUUCCCUGUGCACUUCUCUUUAGCAGCACACUGACAGCUAACAUGGUACAUUAACCCAAUAGCCGGCUAUGUUGUGUUCCCAAGAAUAAAACUGUGAAUGUUUGUCGUUAUGAUGACCGCUCCAGCACCAAGCUUUGGGCACACACACACACCAUUAAGUGUUAACCACACAUGCUAGCAUUUGCAGAAUACAUACGAGUAAAUAAACACAUCCAAUUUAAUACGAGGGUUUUGGAAGAGACUAGAAAACUGCUCUAACCGCAGCCCCCCCCCCACCCCCCACCCCCGCACGCUGCUUCGGCAUGUGGAGGAAUCUGGAGUUCGACAGGUUCUGCUGUGCGUAGUUACGGUUGCUAAGCUAUAAGGGUUGCUAAGUUGGAGGUGGGGUUUAGCGAUCAGUCCAUGUCAGUCGUGUUUUGCAGUUUCAUAAUACGGAAAACUAUCCUCAACAUCCCCGCUUGCAUUCAAAGUGGUUCUGAACCCACUGACCAACGGACAGGCCUUUUACUCAAGCACAGCAUCAAAUCUGAGCCCUCGACUGUAAAAAGGUUAACAUGUUCACAUCAGACCAAAAUCAAAUCCACCAGGGAGUCCUACUGUACAGGAAGGUGCUAUCCGACCCCCCCCCCCCCCAGCCAAGAUUGAGUCCUGAUCAAGAGCUAUUUAUAAUGGAGGAGACACAGAGUAAUAUAUUAAGAAGCUUUUCCGCGCUGCACUCCAUGAGAGUGAAUGCCUGUAAUGAUUUAUAAUAUGUGUCACGCUGUUGUGCUAGAAUAGUGAUGAUGAUGAUGAUGAUGAUGAUGAUGAUGACGACGAUGCAGUGAAAUACGAAAUCUUAAGAACUUUCAAUAUGAAAAGAAGUCUUUGUUUAUAAAUGUGAUCUGACUGCGAUUUUCUUGUUUAUAGUUUGUUGCCUGAUAUCAGUUGACGCCGGUGACACUUAAUAAGACACCAUUUUUAACUGCUUCCUGAAUAUUCAAAAGAAGAGCCAGGAAACAGUGUCACCCUCGCUUUCUCUCUUUCUCUCGCUCUCUUUCUCUCUUUAAACUCCCCAAAGAUGGGCCCCCCCUAGUGGAUCGGCUGACUAACUACAAAAGCACAAAGACUCAAUCAUCUUUUAAUGGCGCCAUUUUAUGACUUCCUUUUAGAACCAUGAAGUAUUUCCUCUCCUCCCCUUCUUGAGUGCUUGUCCUUGUGCUGUUUGUCAUCCUGAAAUUGUUUCUAUAAAAACUUUGCUUUCGUGAAAAAACAAGUGAAACUGUUUUCUUUUUUUUUUUUUGGUUUCUCUCCUACAACAGUUCUGCGCUGUGACAAUGCAUGACACCAGGGUUGAGGCCUUACCCGCUCAAUGUACAGACAGAGCAGGAGAGAUUUGCCCUGUUGCACUGAUUUGAAAUCAGUGCCGUGAUCCCUUUCCAAAUGUUUAAGAGCCCACCAUGUUGAUCUUGUGUGAGGGCCAUAUCCUCCUAAACCUGUACGUAGCUUCCCGUCUCACUUCUGCCCAUACAAGAUUUGUACAGUACUUAGCGAAAGAGAAGAGACGUCACAAUGUCGAUAGCAAUUUUAAUUAUUCACACUUGACUUUAGAUUUUUGUGAUGGGACUUUGUUUUUAAGAAAAAAGAUUAAGAGGUUUGUGGUGUUGUUUUAGCCAUCGUCUGCAAGUGUUUACAUAUCUUUUGCUUGUUUGUUUGUUUUGGGUACGUGUGGCUGCAAGUAGCACUUCAUUGCUACUGUGUAAUUUUAUAAGUUAACAGAUUGGAAGCACCAAAUCUGCAGCGGGAGACAUGAAAAUAUAGCUAUAUAAACGUAUACCUAUGAACACGGAACAAAACUGUUAGUUUCUCAAACUUUGUUGUUUCUGGAUUUUGAAAUAGUGGUAGGGUGGAUCCUUUUACAUUUGUAGACCUUAAAAGUUGUGCAAGCACAACUCUAAAGAAGAUUCUUCUAACGGCUCGUCCACUGUGCUGCCAGCACGCACCGCAGCAGGAGCCGCUCCUUAUUUCUGUCUUUCUCUCUUGAUCUUUCUGAGGCAUUAUUGAACCUGAACCACACCAGCUGAAAACAAGGACAGUGCCUUUAGUUUUAUAUGUCAACAACCCCCCCUGACUGACCAAGAGUCACUAAACGAUGAUUUAGCAUCCCUCCCUGCGAUUCCUUAAAAAAUCUUUAUCUGCCACGAGGUUGUAGAUUAAGAUCUUCCAUAUGUAGCAGAGAGUUAUUUCAAUACCAACAUCAGACAAUAAAUGUCAUCGUAUAAAUAACAUCUGAGCUGUUAUACCCCAACCUUUCCCUGACCCAGCACUGUGCAUCGUGCAUCACAGUCCUGCACAUCUCCCACCACCUGGACAUUCGGCAUCUCAAAGUCUCUAAUAGGGAUAAUGUUGACAAUACAAAAUUGGCAGAUAAAAAGUAUUUUUAGUCGUCGACCACCUUUGAAAACAACAGCUGUAAAACAACUAAAUUUUUGAAUUUAUUAAUUUCCUUAAAGGUAAUAACAGGCCUUGGCCACAGUGGUGCAAAAACAUUAACAGUCAAUGAAUUAUUCUCAAAGAUGGUUUCUGACAAUUUAGGUCAUUCUUAUCAAAUUAAUGUAUGAUCAUGUGCCCAUGUUCACAGUAAGUCAGUUCGAAUUACUCACUGUAAACACUGACUCGUGAUUGGUUGAGUGCGUGUAUUGACGUGUACAGAUGUUCGCUUCAGGGUAGAUGUUGUCACUUUGACGAUCCCCUGAUUUUUCAUCUAAUUUGUCGAAAACAAACUGAGAACACGGUAAACACAACAGCUGUUAAUUGCGUCUUAGUAUUGUCACUGUGGGCAUAGCAUGCUAAUGUGUUUAGCAUUUAGCUCAAAGCACUGCUGCCUCACAGAGCUGCACAGCUGAAGACAGUCUUACACAUACCCAGCAAUCAUUAUCUCCAGUUUUAAUGGUGCAGAGGAUAUUUCCCACUAAUACCUGAGUUUGUAAUUUGAAUAUUCUUCCUUUAUCAAUAAAGUAUAAGUCUGUGAUUGCAAUGUCCAAAUUUGGGAAGAUCCGUGCAGGACUGUGAUUUGUGGUUUGCAGCUAUGGAACAGGACUACACAGAACCCACUGGCACAGAAAAAGGCACAAAAUAAACAAACACGGCCAAGUAAGCAACAGACAUAUUCCAAGUCUGUUUAUUAAUAUUCUUUUUUUAGUAACCAGAGCAAAAUGAAUUACACCCCUCACAAACACACGCACACACACACACACACACACACACACACACACACACACACACACACACACACACACACACACACACACACACACACACACACACACACAUACACGCACACAACUGUAAAUGUGAAGAGAUAUCGAUUGAAACCGUCCGUUCUCCUUGAGGAGGUGAAUCCGGUCAUGCCUCCACCAAACGAGGCUAAACCCGGCGCCCGUUCUCCGGAGCAGCCAAGACACCAGAGAUACAUUAACGGGAUUAAUUGUUAACUAUGCAUCGCUAUAGUGACACAGCUUGCCUUGCCAUUGCUUUGACCUGACUGGUACACGUGGGGGGAGACUGGGUUCCUGUCGGCCCGCAGUCUUUUUCGAUUGGCAGCUGUGACAUUGACUGCAGCGAUGGGGGGGGGGGACACUGUCAUUGUGGGUGGUACAGUAAGAAGCAUGGCAGGCAGAGGCCACACACACACACACCGACACACACUAGCACACAAAUAAGUACAGACAUACUCUCCCUCCCUUUGUCCUUUGCAGAGUGGUGAUCGCCCCUCCUCUCAUGCCCCUGUGUUCCCCAGGGGAGGCCAAACCUGCUGUGCCAUCAGAAGCUCAUCCCAGCUUCGUUCUCCCCCUCCCUCAGCCCUAAUCUCAUCAUAUCUGCAAUCGUCUUCCCCCUCUCUCCUCCUCUCCCGUCCUGUAGCACUGCCACACCACCAGGAUUAGGAAUAUUAAAACUAUUCUGUUGAUUCCAGGCCUGUGACCUUCUCUUAAAAGUCCUCCCUCUUUCUUCACACAGCCGUAUUAAUCCCUUUUCCCCCCUCUCUGACUUUUCACUCCGUCUAUUCAGACGUGAUGCUCACUGUCCUGUCAGGAAUUCUGCAUAGGAAUGAAACAGGGUGUUUUGUGCCAAAGCGAGGUCAUUUCAAUGGCAAUAUUGCUGCCUGGAUCUUUAUUUGGCUGAGAUUAUUCCAUGAGAUCACAUCUCACCUUCUGUUUUCUCCUCAUGUAGCUGCAGAGAGUUUAAAACACCAGGAAACACUAGUUUCAGGUCAGAUGUGUUCUUUCCAGCACUGCCACAGUGUACUGUCCAUGAAAAUAGAGUUGCGUCCUGAAUUUCUUUUAUCCCAGUUCCAAGUCAAACAGGAAACUGAAAUAAAUGCAAAUUAGUUUUUUUUUCUUUAUUAUGAUUUCUCACCGAGUGUGCACCGCCUGACUGUAUCUCAAUAUGAAUCCAUGAAGAUGGCUACUGCCUUUGUAAAACCUGAGGGGAUUUCAGCAUCACAUCUUGACAGCAAUUAGUGGCACAAUCUGUUUCAUGCUUGCUGAUAUAACUAGGCUCUGGACAGAUCUCAUACUGAAGUGUUACAAUGUUCUGUACAUCUUAAUAUUAUUCAACUGUGGAAGAGGAGAAACACACACGACUCAGCCUACAAAAAUCGACUUUGCUUUUUAAGCAGAUGUUUCAAUCAAAAAGAAAAAGACAAAAAAAAAGAAUAAACAUGAUUUUUCACCUUACUGUGGCCUUUCGUGUAACAAUCUGGAGUUUUUUGUGUCCAUGGCUUCCUAUCUAGGGUGUUCAAGGGAUAUUUAUAUCUGUGACUUUUUGGGGUAAAAAAACAUAUACAGACAAACAAAUGACAGAAAGAAAAACAUCAGCGUACAAAAUCAGACGUGAAAUUGGGUUUUAAACACUUCAUCUGUCUCUAGUCUACAAAAUCAAACGCGACAAAAAGAAAACAUAUCUGUAACAUUCACCAAAGCCUGUGAUGCCUGUUUUAAAUGAUAGAUUCUUGUACAAAAAACAUAUAAAAUAUCAGAAAAGACUUAGAGAUACAAACACAAAAUGAAGAUAAGAAAUGCCUUCAAAUAUUCUGGAGGGGAGGAUUUAAAAAAAAAAAAAAAAGUAAAAGAAAUGCUUCUUUAAGAAAACGUGUAUGUUUUUUAUUCGAUUUUCUAGUAGUUGCAAACAAAAAACUUGGUGUUUUUUCUCUUUGUGUGUUAUGUGUUGUCUUAAUAUUUGAAUGUAAUUUACUGCAGUGCAAAUUUGCCAAAGAUAUCAUAUCAAUUGAUUUUUCUUCUUCAGUUACAUUUUUUUGAUUUUGUUUUUGUUCCUGAAUUGUGACCAAUUUUGUUCAGAAACUGGAAAUAAAUGGUGAAUUUGAUAUUAUGCUUAUUUUUUUAUAUUUCUAUUGUUAAUAAUAUUGUUAUUUGAUUUCCUGGUUUUUAGUUUACUGUGAAAUAUUAAAUUGCAGUUUGCUUGACGCAUCUCUUCAUACUCUGGUCUGUGUACCUGUCCAUCCGUCCACCUGAGUGACUGUUGUUGGUGAAUUAUAUAAUUUAUGUACCUGUAAUGUGAAGCUAAGAAGUAAUUAUUUGUAAAUAUUUGCCAUAAUUUUAUUGGUCCUUCAGAAUAAAAAUAA